AAACCCGGGUAAGUAAACCCGGAAGGAAAAUAGAGUAACAACAACAAAAAUAGACAGUUAUUUUAUUUUUAUGAACGUUCUUGUGUAUUAAUUAGAUGAAUAGAAGAAGCAGGUUGAGGUCAUGUUGUAAAAAAAGAGUGUGUGUGUUGGAGCGAGGAGCUUGAGUCCAAGCUGGCCGUCUGCUGGCAGAGGGACGGACUGAAGCAGCAGCAGCAGUAUGUCUGAAACGGAUGAGUCGUGCUGGUCUGGGGAUGAAACUGCGGGUGUCUUCACGUGUCUCCUCAUGGCUUUUGGGGACUGGUUGGCUUGGGGGAAUCUUAAGGACUACUUCAGCAUCUUGGAGUACCUGCUAUGGGUAUUCACACCCCUGGUCAUCGUCUUCAUCCUGCCCUUCAUCAUUGUCAUCCUGCUCUACCUGUCCAUCCUCUUCCUGCAUGUCUACAAGCGCAAGAACCAGCUGAGAGAGGCCUACUCUUAUAACUUGUGGGAUGGUGCCAGGAAGACACUGGCCACACUGUGGGAUGGCCAUGGUGCCAUUUGGCACGGUUAUGAAAUCUGUGGUUUAGAGAAGAUUCCAGAAGAAGGCCCUGCCCUCAUCGUCUACUAUCACGGAGCUAUUCCUAUCGACUACUACUACUUCCUGGCGAGAGUGAUCAUUCAGAAAGGCCGCUCGUGUCACUCGGUAGCUGAUCACUUCCUGUUCAAGAUUCCAGGGUUCAAGCUGCUGUUGGAGGUGUUUAGUGUGAUCCAUGGGCCGCAGGAGGAGUGUGUGAAGGCUCUGCGUAGCGGUCACCUGCUGGGAAUCUCUCCGGGAGGCGUACGGGAGGCUCUGUUCAGCGACGAGACGUACCCGCUGCUGUGGGGCAAACGCAAGGGCUUUGCACAAGUGGCCAUUGAUUCUAAAGUGCCAGUCAUUCCCAUGUUUACCCAGAAUGUCCGGGAGGGAUUCCGCUCGCUGGGAAAUUUGAGAUUUUUCAGAUGGAUUUACGAGAGGUUUCGUUUCCCGUUCGUGCCUGUCUACGGAGGAUUCCCUGUCAAAUUCCGCACUUACCUUGGCGACCCCAUUCCCUACGAUCCCAAACUCACAGCCGCCGAGUUGGCAGAAAAGGUACAGGCAGCAGUUCAAGCGCUUAUCGACCGACACCAAAAGGUACCCGGCAGCAUCCUGCGAGCGCUCCUGGAGCGAUUCCACAUGCAGCACAAAGACGAAUAACACUCACUUCUUUCGGGCGCUCCUCCACCGAUUGUGCAGCACGCUUGAAGAAGAACAGCACAGUUUGUUCUCAGGCUAAAACCCAAAACACUUCCAGGUUUAUUCCCAGCAUUAAUUAACACAGGACUGGAAGAGUUAAAAGUGUUACCAAAUUAAUUUAUUAGCUAUUUGUGUGAUAUUGUGACGUUACUGAUAUGUGGCACAGACACGUCGAUGUCGGCGAAUGUCACCGAAAAAAUAUAUUAUAAUAAUAAUAGUGUGUAUCGUGUCUCGUGUGCACGUGAAUCGGGAGUCCGUGCAUCGUGUAUUUCUUGCGUGUGUGUUUUUUUUUUUUGUUUUUUUCAUCCGUGACUUAUUUGCACACUUCGAUCGUUUUUGAAGGACCACUGCCAAAACAAACGAGGCCUUUUGGUUACUUGAUGUCAGAAAACAUGAAAUAGCUUUUAGAGCUGGUGCGGUUUUAAAAUGUAUUUAUUGCGUAUAUAAAAAGGAUUUAAUGCUUGACUGACUGAUUGAAUGACUGACAACAGAAAAUGUUUUUUUUAAAUGAAAGAUACUGAUUAUCGGUUAUGGUGAAGGAAUGGGAUGUAUUCAAAUGAAAAGGUGGUGGUUCAUAGACGUUUGGUUAAAAAUCUUUUAGAUUGUUCUAGAUUUUGCUUCUGGAUGUACUGAAUAAUGAAUAAUGAUGAUGAUGAUGAUGAUACAACCUGAGUUCUUGCAUUAAUGAGGAAAAUCACAACAUUCCUGGAAUCUGAUCACUUGACUACAAGCACAACUAUUAAGCCUCACGAUUGUCGGUUUUAUAAAGCCGACUUUAUUGUAUCAGACUUCUAAAAGGUGCUUAAAUUGUGUUUGUGACGAUUUUCUUCAUAGGAAAAAAUACUCGGACCAAAUUGUCAUUAUGAACAGAUUGUUCUACCCUCUAGAUCCCCUUAUUGCUGACCAUUUUAUAUUUUUACAUUUUUACACAACAGUCAGCUCAUGCAGUUACAGGAAAAUAAUCAACCACCCUGAAGUUUGUUACUUUCUAAUAACCGCUCAAGGUGUUUUAUUGCUCUUACACCACGGUUCAUAAACGAUAACAAUUUUCCACUAGACCGGAUAUAGUUACGCUUCAUCUUGCCGAGAAAGAAGUCGCUUUUAGUCAUUGAUAUCGUACUUAACAAUCAUAACUUCACCAAAAAAAUAUCAGUGUUGAUACAGAAUCUGCGAUACAAGUCCAUAUUGCAAGUUACCAUAGAAACCGUGACCUAUUAGGUUGUUAACAAGCACAUUAAUUAAAGUAGAAAAUGAAUCACCUUCAUAACCAAUUACUGAUUGAUCUUCUGCGUGUCAGUGUGGAUCUGAUAAACAGGCAACCUCAUAUUCAUACAGUAUGUAAAUGAUUUAUAAAGCAUCGCAGUCUGUACAAAUGUUUUACCGCCUUUUUAUUCUGGAAGCUUCCAUCUGUCUGUAAUGUUCUUAGCCUGUCGUGCAUCACACUGAUGAGCUCAUUGUUCUAACCUUGCUAACACACACAUACACACACACACACACACACACACACACACACACACACACACACACAGAGCUUAAUGUUACUUUAACAGAUUGAGGAGUUUGAACAUGAACACAGAGCAGUGAAUGGCCCUGUACAGAUCAGUGUUGCAGUCGCUGUGAAUCUAAACCUAAAAAAUAAAACUUAUUUUUCAAUAAA